AUGAUUAAGAACUGCAAAAAGUACAUACAAUUUAUGCAUACGAGUUAUUCGAGAUUUUCUAGUCUGAAAAGCAAAGCUUAUGAUGUGACAGAUCACCACUAUGAUGCUGUUAUUGUAGGUGCAGGUGGGGCAGGGUUACGCUCUGCCUUAGAAUUAUCUAAAAAUAAAUAUAAGGUAGCUUGUAUAAGUAAAUUAUUUCCAACCAGAUCUCAUACAGUAGCAGCUCAAGGAGGUAUAAACGCUGCAUUAGGUAAUAUGACAGAAGAUGAUUGGAGAUGGCAUGCCUACGAUACUAUUAAAGGAUCAGAUUGGUUAGGAGAUCAGAAUGCUAUACAUUACAUGUGUAGAGAAGCACCUGAAUCUAUUUUAGAAUUAGAAGAAUUUGGUCUUCCUUUUUCUAGAACGAAAGAUGGGAAAAUAUAUCAAAGAGCUUUUGGGGGGCAAAGUUUAAAAUUUGGUAAAGGAGGACAAGCAUAUAGAUGUGCAGCUGCUGCCGAUAGAACAGGGCAUGCCAUGUUACAUACAUUAUAUGGACAAUCCCUUUCAUAUAAUUGUAUCUUUUUUGUUGAAUAUUUUGUGUUAGAUUUACUAAUGUUAAAUCCGAACGAAUGUAUUGGUGUUAUAUGUAUAAACAUAGCAGAUGGGAAAAUACAUAGGUUUUUUUCACCACAUACAGUCAUUGCAACAGGAGGUUAUGGUAGAGCGUACUUAUCUUGCACAUCUGCUCAUGCAUGUACAGGUGAUGGGAACGCAGUAGUUGCACGUAGUAAACUACCAUUACAGGAUUUAGAAUUUGUGCAAUUCCAUCCAACUGGUAUAUACCCAGCUGGUUGUUUAAUUACUGAAGGUUGUAGAGGAGAAGGUGGCAUUUUAAGAAAUAAAGAAGGAGAAGCAUUUAUGAUGAGAUAUGCACCUAAAGCUAAAGAUUUGGCAAGUCGAGAUGUAGUUAGUAGAGCUAUGACUAUAGAAAUAAAUGAACAAAGAGGAUGUGGUCCAAAUGCAGAUCAUAUCUAUCUAGACUUAACUCAUUUACCCUAUGAAACAAUAAAAGAAAGGCUACCUGGUAUUAUGGAAACAGCUAAAAUAUUUGCAGGGGUAGAUGUUACGAAACAAUACAUACCAGUUUUACCAACUGUUCAUUAUAACAUGGGAGGAAUACCAACAAAUUACAAAACGCAAGUAUUAACACAGAGUGUGGAUUUUAAAAAAUUAAAAAACAAAUCAACAGAUGAUAUUAUUGUUAAAGGUCUUUACGCAGCAGGAGAAGCAGCAUCUGCAUCUGUUCAUGGAGCUAACAGACUAGGAGCAAAUUCUUUGUUAGACAUUGUAGUAUUCGGUAAAAGAGCUGCACUAACUAUUAUGGAAAUAGAUAAGCCGAAUUUGCCCCCAAUAAAUGGAAACUUAGGAAAUAUAGGAGAAGAAACAUUACAAAGAAUAGAUCAAAUAAGAUUUAAUAAAGGAAACAUUCAGACAUCUCAUGUAAGAAAAAAAAUGCAACUAUGCAUGCAAAAACAUGCUUCCGUUUUUCGUAUUGGUCCAUUAUUAGAAGAAGGAUAUAAACAAAUACUUGAUAUAUGUUCUCUUUUUAAAGAUAUAUAUGUUAACGAUAAAACCUUAACAUGGAAUACGGAUUUAUUAGAAACAUUAGAGCUUGAAAAUUUAUUAACCCUCGCCUCCCAAACAAUAUUAGCUGCCAUAGACAGAAAAGAAUCGAGAGGGGCACAUGCACGUGAUGACUUUCCUGAACGGGAUGAUAAAAAUUUUUUAAAACAUUCUUUAACCUGGAUGACUGAUAGAAAUGUUGAAAAUUCCAAAUAUUUUACUACAUAUAGGAAAGUUAUUACAGAACCAUUAGACAACGAAAUGAAGCACGUUCCCCCUGUUAAAAGGGUUUAUUGA